AUGGAUAUUUACGCGAAGACCUUCAAGUUAGAGGUAAAGGGGGACUACGUCAUUCUAGCUCAAGUUCGUCACCAUUCGCAAGAACUUUUGGAGAAAUUGAGCAACGUCACCUGCUUUUUGGAUUACAGUAUCUCCAAAAAGGUCAGCCUGGAGAUUUUUGGACAGGUGUCCGAUGUUUUAACAUGCAAAAAAUCAACAUUUGGAAAGAGCUUCUUGGAGAAGGGGGAAAGGCAUGCAUUCUUUAUUGGUUCACCAAAUGAUUACUCUGUUUAUCCCAAAGAUGGUUCGCCUGGAGACCUGUUGAUUGGGAAAUUGAACAUUGUGAAUGUCAUAAGAGUAGAUGGCGGCCAGUAUGGCGCGAACUUGGUGAUCCCACCGGCCCCCAUAAAGCCUAAAGACCCCGCCCUUCCAAAUGGAGACGGCGAAAAGGAGGGCGCCGUCAAAGGUGAGUUGGACGGAAAAUCGGAAAAAACGAAAGAAGAGAAAUUGGCCGACGAACUUGCAGAAGCGAUUAGGGACCUGCAGAUAUCACACCUGAAGAAAUUCCCUGCAGAUUCCAAAGCUCGCGCCAAUAUACUUGAGGAGUUGGAGAAUAACCAUCUGGAUCACUUACCGUUGUUCACAACGAAAUUAGAGAUGCUCUUGGGAUCGGAUAGUAAGAAGGAUGUUUCAAGUAAGGGUGGCGAGAUCACGCCAGAAGCUGCCAGCAGUAUUUGCGAAGCCGCCGAUGAAUUGUUGAAAAAUAUUGAUCUGACGGCAUUAGCCCAAUACUACGGAGUCAAGCAUGACACCGCCGCCAAUGAGGCCGCUGACAAGAAGAAAAAGGAGAAUGAGGAAAAGAAGAAGGCCGUUGUGUUGGCUUAUAGAGCAAAAGCUCAGGCAUUGGCGGUCCUCGCUGAUGUCACCUCCGAUUCCGAAUCGGUCAAUGAAUUUGCCGUGGAAUUUGAGAAAACCUGGAAAGUUCUUGCUCAAUGGUUAGAUUCUACUCCGCCAACAUCGGAUUUCAAAAGUCUUUUGGUCUACAUUACGCGUGAACGAAGAGCGAAGCGAUUCGGUAAUGCGAUUAAAGCAUUGAAUAAAUACAUAGGUGAAGUUGGGUUAAAUAACGACACCGUCAAAGAUUACGAAAAGGCGUUAGACAUGAGGGUCGAGCUGUUUAGAGACUCUGAAUGGGAUAUUUGGGAGAAAUAUGAGAGUAAAUGGAAACACAUUAGAAUUCCACCCGAUGGUUACGCGCCCUUCUAA